AUGGCAACAACCUUAGUUCUUGAAACCAAAAUUUUACCAAAUGAUCAAUUUUAUUUAGUCAAUUCGAUAAUCACCGAUGAUCAAAUUAAAAUUUUGGAAUCGUGCAAAGAUUUGAUAGAAGGAAUUGAAAUAAACAAAGAUUUUAGUUUGGGAGAAAACGAAACUUUUCAAAAAUUUAAUGAUUGUUUGCGUAACAUCGAAAAAACUCUUGAUAAUCUAAAUGUUGAUGAUGAUAAAAAGAAAAUAGAAAUUAAAGAAGAAAUUUCAAAAUUAAAUGAUGAAUUGUCAAAAUUACUUGGAGUAAAAGAUAAGAAAGAAGCAGGGGAAGAUACACAAGCAGUCAACAUCAAACCUGAACACAUAUUAGAUAUAGACCCACCGAUCAUCCGUGGUAGUAGAAAGCAAGUAGUGCAAAAAUUGUAUGUAAGGGUAAGAAAAGUUGCAGAAAAAUCAAUCUCUUCUGGUAAACAAUAUGUAGAUGGACCAGAAUUUAUUAAAUUAAAGGAAGAAAUUGGAUUCUUGAAAAAGCUUUCAGAAUUAUUAUAUCUUAUAUCACAAUGGGGAGAAUAUAAUCUUAAAACUAUACUUGCUGAACGACCCGGACGUCUCAGUUGGUCGGAAAAAUUAUCUAUUUCUCAUGGAAUAGCGAAUGCAAUCAAAUUUUGUCAUGAUCAAAAUAUUUUGCAUUAUGAUUUACAAAGUGAUAAUAUAUUUUUGGACUUGCAUUUUCAACCGAAACUUUAUAACUUUCGCACAGAAAAAGAAUCACCGAUAAUAUUAAAGUCAGCUAAUGAUCCGGUUGAUGAAAGAUGGUCUGCACCCGAAAGACUUAAUGGUAAAGAAUAUACAAAGGCCAAUCGUUUUGGGUGCAUGAGUUGUCCAAAAGCCGUUCCGACAUGUGAACCAGUUUGUAAUACUGGUAAUGAAACUUGUAUAGUAACGGCCAAACGUUGCUUCUCGUGUCCAAGAGCAAUGUGUAGAUCUACUAAAGAUGAAUCAUGUUUAAAAUGUCUAAUGUAUCCUGAGUGUAAACCAUGCGCAGAUGAUGAAAUGUGUGUUAUAGAAGAACCAAAUUGUUAUUCUUGUGGAUCUGCUACAUGUGUCAAAAAAUCUCUUGGGUGUGUUUAUUGUACCAUGAUGAUGCCAACAUGUCCACCUUGUCAUGAAUCAUAUAGAUGCCAAAUUGUUAAACAAACUUGUUUUAAUUGUGCUCAAGCUAUUUGUGUUCCUAAAAAUUCCUAUUAA